UCCAACUCCAACAUGGCGGACUCACUGGUGGGGAUGUGAGAUUUCAACGUCUUUUCACCGGCACUUACAUGGAAAAACUCGUAAAAUUGUGAAUGAGGUUAUUAUUCAGACUCAUGAGCAUUCAAAAACAAAGAUUUCUGAAAUUUAUGGCUGCCACCUCUAGUACUAAAGCGUCUCCUAGAGUCUACCUUCAAGUUCUUGGAGCCCAAACUGAGGACACUUCUCCUUCGCUUUUCAUCUUCGCAGAUUCACAGAGGUACAACAGUUUAUCUGUUAUUAAAAAACUGCAACUACCACAAUAGUCUUAAACUUUGUAGAAAUUUGAAGAAUAUAAAAUAAUCUUAAAUCAGGUAAUGUUAUUUAUAUUGGUCUCACUGACACUCUGCGAGCCUGUGUACAGACUCCCCCUCCCCUCAGUAAAACAAUCGGUUAAGGGAGGGGAGGGGGCGUCUGUACACAGGCUUACCCUUUGCAGGAUUAUACCUGCCAACUCUCACACAUUAUGCGUGAGUCUCACGCUCACAGACUAAAGACAUCGGUCUCACCCAUCAAGGACAAUUUCUCACACCUGACUCACAAAUCUGAACAAAUUGCUUUUUAACACAUGAUUGAUAAGAAAAAUUCAAUUCAACUUCCCCGCAAAUGUUCCAAUAAGGCAUUGAAUGAUGACUUGGUGUCCCAACGAAAUCAAAACACACUUAAAUUGUUGUCUUUUAUAUGGCUUCGAAGUGGUCAAAGUUCGUCAGAACAUCUUUGGGCAUUUUUGGCAACAUUCGGAAGCUUUCAGAAAGUCAUCAGAAAUCUUCGGAAGUUGCUGGGACAUUUUCGGAAAUCCAGUCCAUGACAAGGCAAAAAUUUCACGCAUUUUGUGUGACUGUUUGAAAUUUGGCAGGUAUACAGGAUCUACUAGUAAGAACAAAAAACAGUAAUCGAACGUUGUUUUAUCCAAAACCAUCAUUGUCAACAUUCAAUUUCUCACAAAAAAAUCUUUGUUAUCAUCAGAUACCUUUUUAACUGUGGAGAGGGGACACAGAGGAUAUUUAAUGAACAGAAGUUAAAACUUUCAAAACUAAACAACAUCUUCUUAACACGGAUAUGCUGGGAGUAUGUUGGAGGAUUGCCUGGUAUGGCAAUGACUUUAAGGGACAAUGGAAAAUCAGAAAUCAAGCUACUUGGACCUAGCAACCUAUCUGAUUUCAUCCAUGCCACAAGAUUCUUUUUGUAUCAUGAAAGCUUGAAGUUUGAUUGUGUGGGAUUUACUGGAAGUGAUGGGGAGGAAUACAAAGAUGAAAAUUUGACAAUAUGGCCUGUUAUCAUAAAUGGUAGGUAUGAUCAACCUGUCCCUUAAGAUACAGUAUUAAAUUGAAGGAUUCAAGUUCAANGGGGACACAGAGGAUAUUUAAUGAACAGAAGUUAAAACUUUCAAAACUAAACAACAUCUUCUUAACACGGAUAUGCUGGGAGUAUGUUGGAGGAUUGCCUGGUAUGGCAAUGACUUUAAGGGACAAUGGAAAAUCAGAAAUCAAGCUACUUGGACCUAGCAACCUAUCUGAUUUCAUCCAUGCCACAAGAUUCUUUUUGUAUCAUGAAAGCUUGAAGUUUGAUUGUGUGGGAUUUACUGGAAGUGAUGGGGAGGAAUACAAAGAUGAAAAUUUGACAAUAUGGCCUGUUAUCAUAAAUGGUAGGUAUGAUCAACCUGUCCCUUAAGAUACAGUAUUAAAUUGAAGGAUUCAAGUUCAAACUAAUCCAUUUUGACAUCCAUUUUAAGAUUAAGCAGCUUUUAAAUGAUAAGAAUCAGAAUAAGAAAGUUCUUUAUACAGAUGGCUUAUGUCACUCCAGGUGGUUUUAAAUGGGACACUGUACAUGAAAAAAUGAAAUUGCUAAAAUGCAGAAAAUACCAAAAACCUAACAUUAAAAUAUCAAUUGAAAUUGAACAAAGAAAAAUGUCACAACCAAGAAGACUGAAAUCGAAAAACCUUCUAAGCUACUACUGAGAUUUAAAUCUGUUCUUAUAAGUAAUAAUAUUCUAAAAGCAUUAUAGGAUGGGUUUCUUAUCUCCACAGGGAGGGCAUUCCAAUCUGGUAAGGCAUUGGUAAGGCACUUAGAUAAGGGGGGUGGCUGGGGAUCCUUGGGUGUGGUAUGCAACCUGUUAUUGGGGAGCACCCCAUCACCUCAAGCGCUAAGGUCAUAAAUGUCACCUAACUGAUAUAACAAAAUCAAUAUUUUUAUUUGCUAAUUUACAUCAGUCCAGCCUAGUCCCUAGGUGUUCUUGGCUCACUUAAACCUGGACUCUACCAUGAGCUUUGACAUCACCAGGGGAGACUCACCAGCUCCUUUCCAUACUUUGCACUAGAGGGCAGCAGAGAACAGCUAGGGAUGAGGCUGGCAUCAGUCUAGUAUUAUUAGAUAUUCACAAGAUUACUGCUGUAUUUCUGCUAUUAUCUCAUGCAUUAAGAGCUCAUGGGCAAAGUACCUUCUAGGAUAAGGGAUAAUCAAUACUUUUUGCAUAUUUUCCACCUAGCUCUUUCUUGAACUCUUAACAUGGCUAAGUCUCACUAAACCAGGUAUGGUCUUGUGUGAAAACUCUCACAUUAAUAUUGUUUACUAGAUUCACAUCAACUCUCAAGUAGCCAUGAUCAUGAGGCUGAGCAAAGCUCCAAAUCAUUGCAUGACUCAUCCUCUUCCUCACAUGGGGAAGACAACCUGCCAUCACCAAAGAAGUUGAAGUCUGAUUUUAAGGUGUCCACUGCUAUUUCAUACAUCUGUCAACUUGCCCCACUACCAGGGAAGUUUUUUCCUAAGAAAGCUAUUGAGCUUGGUGUGCCAAAAGGUCCAUUGUUUGGAGAGUUACAAUCGGGAAAAACUGUCAUGUUACAAGAUGGACGUCAGGUGGGUUUAGUAAAUUGCUAGUAAGCAGGACCAUGUAAGUCUGCUAACUGCCUUGAGAAUGAGUGUUGUAAAAAUUAAAGAAAGGAAGCCACCAUACUUGAAAACUGUUGUCCUGUACUUAAAUUCACAUUUUUAAACAACUCUUAGAAAAGUUGUCGGGAACCACGCUCUCUGAACCUAUGAAAUCAAGGGUGCCAAAUACCUAUGAUUUGUUCAAAACUAAGUUUCCCUUCUCGCCACAAGGCAAAAGAACUUCACCAUGCGCCACCUGUCUCCAUUGGAAAACAGCCAUGUUUAAGGAUACUAAAUUUUACUUGUUCAUAAACUUAAACUUCUCAAAGCAUGUCGGUAUCUGAUUCAAAGAAAGUUCAGUGUUAUGUUAUGAUUGAACAUAUAUUUUGCUUGGUACAAUACUUUCCAGAUCCAACCAGAGGAAGUGAUGGAAGCAAACCAACCAGGACCAUUGUUUAUGAUUAUUGAAUGUCCCACAGUAGAUUACAUUCCAUCUCUGGUGACCAACAAACAGCUAAACCAGCACUGGGAGGAAAACUCACAUGUUAUGCCUGUUGUGAUUGUGCACUUGACACCAAUGAUAGUUUUUGAGAAUGAAGAGUACAAGCAGUGGAGAGAGAGGCAAGUUAACCCUUUUGGUCCCAAGAGUGACCAACAUCAAUUUUCUCCUAACAACACCAGCAGAUCAUCAAGAGAAAAGGUUAUGAGAAUUACUAAAUUGAUUAUCAAAGGGAGAAUGCUUUGAUCUUAAACCAGAUUCUCUCAACUAUUCUUAAAAGAAAUGUAUGCAGAUCAGUGUGGAGAAUUUGUAUGUGGAUCUUGGGGCUUGUUAAAAGGGUUUACUUUUUUAAUAAGAUGUUUUUAGUCAACAAGCUGGCACUCAUCCCUCACCUCAGAAAGUGUGGUGUGGAUUAGAUUCUCAGGCUGAAUGUUCAUUUUAUUAUUUGAGUUGAGUUUUUCGUUGGCUGUUGGUCAUACACUGAGUUUUGUAUCUAGGUUCUUUUGUACCCCUCCCCCCCUUCCCCCUCAACAAACCAGGGUUCCUAUUUCCAAGUCAAUCAGGGACUUGAGUACCACAGAACAGUAAAUGUUUAUUGGUCAAAAGAUCUCUAUUCUUUCUUUUUGCAAAUUUUUAUUCUGUGCUUAUUGUAUGUAUUUAUUUACUCUUGGGAGUUGAUAGGGGGGUUGUUGUCUCAGUGGACCUUUGUUGUUUCACAUAGGAAAACGUUUUGAAGGUCAUAUGCUUCAAGUUUUGGCCUCCAGUUUGAGAUUAAAUUGAUCAUUUAAGUUUGCAUAAUUACGUUUCACCCUCUUGCCAAAAUUUAAACCCCUUACAGCACUACUAGUGUGAUAAGAAGUGGCUACCCUGUGAUUUUGAUUCAUCUGCUUGUGUAUAUAUAAACCAGCUAAGAAGAUCUCUAUUUGUUUUCCAGGUUUGGAGAUACGGUGUCACAUUUGUUGAUUAACAAAGACGUGUGUGCAACACCCUUGAUCUUUCAGUCUCAAGCAACAGUUCAGUGCAAGCUACAUUGCAUUGAUCCAGAGAUUUUUCCUUUACUGAAAACCAAUAAUAUCCCUGUGAGUAGUCAUGGAUUUAUUAAGUCUUAAUGAUAUAAGUUAUAUGGUUGCUCCUUUAAAAUUUGCCUUAGAAAAGAGAUGCUCUGAAGUCUUUUUUUAAUAGUUUUUUUUAAUGUCAUCAGCACUAUAUUAUAGUGCUGACAGUGAAAACAGUAAAGCUGUCCCGACAAGAACCAAUUGAAAACUAAGUUAAUAAUGAUAUUAAUAAUUAAAAAAUUAAAAACAUUAAUUCGUUGUUUUGGUACACCAAUUUAGCCUCUGUGGUGUCAUGUGAAAAUGAUCUAUUACAAAGUAUGUUUCUUUCUCGUUCAUGGUAUUGUAAAUGCAAAAGUCUAAGCCCCCAAUCCAAUACUCAUGCACUCAAUGGGUGUGGAAAUUUGACAGCUUGGUUUCUAAAAAGUGUAUAAUCACUUAGUACUCCUCUGUAUUUUCUUAUGCUGAUUAAUUUAAUAUGCUUCAGAAAUAAUCAUUGAACUAUGCUUUUGUCAUGAUUAUUACAAAGUGUCCCUGUCAAAAAAAAGAGUUUAUGAGUGGAGUAAUCUUGAUUUCAAAACAGACUUCUGACUUCGUGAUAACACUCUUUUCUAACAAACUCUUUAAAAAAAGUUUUUACGUAAAAUAUGAUUGUUACUGUUUUCCACAGGAUGUCACAGCUUUACCAAAGAAUUGUGUUUCUGGGGAAACUUUCUUGCAGUUUCAUCUACGACCACUAAAACAGCAAGGGUUUGAUAAAACAAACAUACCACGAAAAUUGAACAUUGACUCUACUUUACAAGAAACUCAAACUCUCUUGGCUGGCAGUUUAAACACAAUAACUCUUCCAAGCUUUCAACUAAGACAUUAUGACAGAACAGAACUAGCCACCUCACUUGGUUUAGUGAGGUCUAUUUCGACAAGCAGUUCAUCUGGAUCACAAGACUUAAUUACUGAUCUAGGAACAACAAAAACAAUUAAAAACUGUGUACGAGAUACCUUAGAGGCAGUUGGAACAAAAGUGAAGUCUUUGGCAGGGUCAGUGGAAAGGAAAGCGCAACAGUUCUUUUCCAAUCAUGAAAACUAUGAAGUUGUUUUCCUUGGAACUGGUGCCUCUAUUCCUUCUAAGUACAGAAAUGUUAGUGUGAAGUCUUUGGCAGGGUCAGUGGAAAGGAAAGCGCAACAGUUCUUUUCCAAUCAUGAAAACUAUGAAGUUGUUUUCCUUGGAACUGGUGCCUCUAUUCCUUCUAAGUACAGAAAUGUUAGCUCAACACUGAUCAACAUGAGGUAGGAAUAUAUUGAAAAAAGGGCAAAUUUUUAUGGUAAAGGGUAUAGGGUUUUUAAACAGUUUAGUCUGGGAUAGGAUCUAGAAAUCAGAGAGUUUGGGUCUUGAAGAAGGUAUCAUUUUCCAGAAAACUGAUCAUUAUUGGUUGAAAAUUUUAGUCUAGACUAGAGAAACUAGGAAUUAUUGACAAUAGACAAGCAAUUGUAACUUGCAAGUUUAAAACCAAGAAAGCAUUGACCUCAGUAGUUUCUGGAAAAUAGUGAACCUCUAGGAUAGGGAAUGAAUUUUAUAUAUAAGGACAGGCAAAAUUCAGCUGAAUUGUAACUCUGGUAGAGGCUAAUUAGGUUUCAAAGGUCGUUACAGCACAUCCCCACCCAAAAUUCUUCAAUUCCUUAAGAGGUCCCUGUUGGAAAUUUUAACAUCAAUCCUUCCCAAUUUUGUAACAGUUGGAAUUUUGUUUGGUUUUAUGUACAUGUUCUCAGAAAUCAAGGUUCAAUUCUAUUAGACUGUGGUGAAGGAACAUAUGGACAGCUAUAUCGGCAUUAUGGAAAAUGUGUGGAUCGGGUUCUUUCACAGGUCAAGUGUGUGUUCAUAUCACAUAUUCAUGCAGAUCAUCACUUGGUAUGAGAGAAUAAUUCUUGAUUAUUUAUAAUGGUAAUUGAACUGAGUGGAGUGCAGUUUGGUCUGAAAUCAUAUGUAUGAUUUUAAAAUUGUGCGAGUUCGAUUUGAAAUCACAAGUAUGAUUCCAGACCAAAACUGCACGACACAAAGUUCAGUUACCACUUUAUUACAGCCAUUUUGAAUUCUCAGGAUUCAGUCAGUACCAGUAUUUAUUUUGCCAAGUAGCCGGUUGCAGCAAAGUGGGUAAUGCAGAGUGGGCAAGACAUUCCAUCAUGCUUACCUGCUGGGCAGCCAAAAUAAUAAAUAAAACAAACAUGGAUGUAUUCAUAGAAUUCAGAAUUUGUUUCAUCUUUUCUGCUCGUGGAGUCAGCCUUACAAGAAAUAACUGUUUCUGGCAGACUAUUCAGAGUUAUGUGAUAAGUUGAUCUGAUGCAAAAUUUACUAAAUCAUUAAUGUCAGCCACGUCACCAACAGCCCUAAAUUCAGGGCAAUACUCACUAGGACAAUCAUGUUCAACCUGCUUAUAAUUAAUAUGUAUUACUAAAUAAUGUCUGCUUGAAAUAUUGCUUAUCUUCCUGUUAUGGUAACUUGUAUUUUUUUUUUAUAAUUUAGGGAUUGAUACGGAUCCUACAGAAAAGAGACACUUUGGUGAGUAUAUUCCUGUGAUAUAGAGUCAUCUAAUGAGCCUGAAGAGUUAAAAGGUUAUUUAUUUCCAGGCCUCAGAAAGAGUUGAAGGAGUGCAUAUUUACAGCUGUGUUAUUGUAAUGCAGUUUUAAUCAGCAGGAAAAUAUCCCUAACCCCCCCACCCCCCCCUCCCAGAUGGUUCAUUGGCUUACAUAUUCCCCUACGCUUCUAGAAAUUUUUUUAUAUCUGUAAAUUUUAUAUUGCUCAAGUAAUAUUACCUUAUUGGCGCUUAAUUUGGUGGAUCUUUAAUCUCGUGUUUUUCACUAUUGUAAACAAAUCGCGUAAUUUAAUGCCCUUCUUUCAUAUUUUCCUAUUUACAAUGUAUAUUGGUAAAAGAUCCAUAAGAUCCAUUGUUUUGAAAACACUUACAUUGCUUCAAUCAAUCUUUACCAGGGGAAAGAGGUUAGUUGUGAUCCUCUGCUGGUGAUUGGUCCUGAUAAGAUAGAACAAUGGUUGACAGAGUAUAACACAAUGUGUGAAGACAUCAAUUACAGGUAUCAUGACAGCCUUUUAAUCCUUUCAUUGCAAAGAGCAGUGAAAAUAAAAUUAAUGUAUUAAAUGGCCCCUUUAAGUAAAAGUGCAUCGCCCCUCUUAACUCAGACAAUAAUAGUGCCCUGUGAUUAAUUCGAUUAUUAAUUUAUAAUAGUUUAAGAUAUUAAUACUUUUUGUCCACAGACUUAAAGGUGAAAACAAUCGGUGAUUACAUUGUUGAGACACUUAAAUGGGUACUUCACAGAACAAAACAGUCUGCACUUCUCAUCCUCUCUCCUCCUUGGGUUAUGUGUUGUUUCUUACAGGUAGCUCGUACGGUGGCACAAAAUUGCUUGGAUGGGGUGGGGGAGGGAUCAAUUUCCACUUUAAUUUGAAGUUGGCAAAAUGUUAAAAAGGGCCUUUAAGGUAGUGUCUCUACUAAUUUUGUCGGUGAUUGUAGAUCUGUGUUAGGUCCUGUUUACAUGAAGGUGAGGGACCCCAGCUAGGUUAGGUAACCAGCUUGUCCAUAUAAUCUCUCAUUUCAAUUUGAUCACGUUUACAUUGUAGGUGGGGUGACCCGCCACAUAUUGCCUCACCUAUCUGGGGUCCCCCACCUCCGUGUAAACAGGCCCUUCAAGAUUUCUCCAGACAUAUAUAAUUGACUCUAGGAUUAAAGUGUUCGUCAAUCAAAGUAAGAUCACAGACAAGUUUAAUUAUUUAAUACAACUCUGGGAGAGAAAGACAGUUCUUUGUAAUAACUGAGCCCUAAAUUAAGCCUUGCUGGACUCUUUUUGUCAUGAAUAAUUUUGAAUUAUUAUUAAUUUGUUAACAGGUUUGUGGACAGUAGUGAUUUGGUUGUACACAGAGAUGGAGAUCACUUGAAUGUCCUUGGUCAUCUUCAAGCAGAAGAGGUAAGUUUUAAAAAUAGCAGCAGUUGAACUGCUGUAGCGAUAACCUCAUGAUUCUCCUUCAGGUGCCGUAAUGGCUUCCUGUAAACAGUGUAUAAUAUGGAUAUAUAAGAGUCAAGAUCUUUAGCUAGCUAGACUGGUCAAAUAGCAGAAUUUCCAAGUAUGAGCCCACUGAAGCAAAGAAAAAGAUUGGAACAAAUAAAUAGUAAUUUUUGAUCAUGAUCUUAUUAGGUUUUGACAGUUCCUGUAGAUCACUGUCCUGAAUCCUAUGGGCUGGUACUAAAGCACCAACAUGGGUGGAAGGUUGUAUACUCUGGUGACACUAGACCCUCCCCAGCUUUGAUUGAGGCUGGUAAGUCAUUCUCUCUAGUUCAAGUUUAAUUAGUAUACCUUAAAAUUCUGAAAAUUAGCCGCGGGGCUUAUAUUUUUCAUUAAAGGCCCUUUUUGAGGGGCUUAUGUUUGAGGGAAAUUUGCAUUUCAAAAUCGAUUGGGCCAGCCUUAUAGUUGGACGGAUGUUUACCAUUUUUGCUGUGUUUUACUUUGAACAAGCCCCCAGGAGGCUUAUAUUUGGAGGGGCGAUUUAACUGAGGGUUUUUUGCGUUAAGAGUUUGGGGGGCUUAUAUUUGGAGUGCCUUAUUUUUGGAAUUUUAUGGUGUACAAUAGUCAGUCAUGUAACAAGACCAGUUCUUUGUUGGUCUGCAAUAGGUGCAGAUUCUGAAGUAGCACUUCAGUCUGAAACCAUACUUAUUGGAAAUGCAUGGUCUUUCAGCUCAGUUAUUUCAAGUUAGUCUACCACAGCCAAAUUAGCUCAGUUGGUAGAGCACCUGCCUGCAGAUUGGGGGGUUGCCGGGUUGCACCCCAGGUCCAGACUGUCUUUGCCCUGCAAAUGGGUUAACCUUCCAGUGGCUUGAAUAAAUACAUAAAAUGGUGGUCCCAGUAAGAGAUGUAAAAAUGGUGUUCAGCUUCUCAAUUUGUAUUUUGGACUUGAAUUCAGGAGAAUGAACUUGGUUUCUUUGCUGCAGGUCUCAGCCUGAUGCACUUGCGAUCAUUAAUUGGACCAUUAAGCAACUCUUCUCCACUAGUAAUCUAAGUAGAAAGGCCUAUCCACUGUAGAGGGAUCCUUUGUAGACUAGGGUGUGUAUAGCUUAAAUUCCACUAUUUGCUCUAGCCACACACUCCCGAGAGAAGACCAAGGUAUAGAGGAGGAGAUGGGGACCUGCUUUAUGAUCUUGAAAUGUGUUUUCCUCAUGGCAUGUUAGUUCUGUUCUGUCGUGUUCAUAAAACAAAGUUUAGUUCUGUUUAUGCUGGUGCAUUUAAUAAUAAUAAAUUAUUGUUUCAAAAACAGGUAAUGGGGCAGAUCUUCUCAUUCAUGAAGCUACUUUGGAAGAUGAACUCAAAGCUGAAGCUCUGGCCAAAAAGCACAGGUUUUGUUAAAAGAAUAAAAAUUAUCUUAUAUCUACUGUCUUUAUAAUUGCUUGUUUUCCAAGCUAACUUGUGAUGAAGAGUGAUUCUACAUGCAAUUUGUUAAGUGUUUCCGGGGACAAAGCAAUAUUUGUGGACUUACACUGUUUACCGUAAAUAUUUAUGUUGGCCCUUGAGAGACAACAAAAAAGGCAUGGUGCAUAUGGUAUCUCUAAAACUGUGAGGUGUUGUACAUUCUCAUCAUGGCCCAACUCUCAUACAGAGCAAGUGACCCUUGGGGGGAUGGUGCUGCCAUAUGUUGGUAUGUGCCACUCUGAAGGGUACGGUUUUCAAGAAGUUUAGUCUGGGAUAAGGUAUAGAAAUCAUAAAGUUUGGGUCAAGAAUAGGCUACAAUUGUCCAGGAAACUGAUCAAUUGGUUAAGGGUGUCAGUUUAGACUAGACAAACUGGGAAUUGACACUUGCGAAAAUGGAAUCUCAAUUUCAAAUUUGCCUACAACUUAGUUUGAUAGCAAAGAAAAUGCAUCAACAGAUUAGAUGGAAAAUAGCAACUCUAGGACAGGGAGGAAUUUUAGGAGUUGAGGCUAGUAUAAGUUGGCAAAAUUCAGCGGAAUUAGGUCUGGUAUAGGCUAAGGGUUCCAGGAUCCCAGUGGAACAUCCCCCCCAUCCCAUUACCAAUCCCCAGGUUUGACAUUGUGUCGGUGGCAGCUCAUGUUAGAUUGUACUGUUUUAAAAAGUUGACAGCAUUACAGAUGAAGUUUUAUCCCCAGGGAAAAAGAUGUAGCUUAUCAUGAGCAUUCCCUUUUCAUUUCAGUACAACAACUGAGGCAAUUGAAAGUGGAAUGAAGAUGGAAGCAAAGUUUAUUAUGUUAAAUCACUUCAGCCAGCGCUAUCCCAAGAUUCCCAUCUUCAGUGAGCAGUUUACAAAGUACACUGGGAUCGCAUUUGACCACAUGAAGGUAAAUAAAUUGCCCAUAAUACUUCUACAUACAUGUAUGUAUGGCCACAUGUUCAGGUCUCACCUGAAAUUUUGCUGUUGGCAUACAUGGGCCAAUUUAGGGGUGGGCCGAGUGGGCCACGGCCACCCCUUGUCCUUUGAAAUUUUGCACUAUUUUUUAUAAAAUUCCGUCUCAGAAAAAUAAACAGUAUCUGGAAUACAGCUAUUAAGUGUCCAGGCCACACCUUUCUGGAUCUGCCACUAGCAUAUUUUGAUUGUCUUGGUCUUAAAUUACAUUAUUUGCAUCUACAUUCUAUGUUUACCUUUCUUAUUACUUUUUUCAUAAAUUAUGUGAGAGUUCUGACCCUUCUGUUUCCAAUAUUAAUGUUGUGCAACAGACAAGAAAAUACUGACACAAAAAUAACUUGUUAUUGCAAUGUUGCAGAUUAACUCAAGUAAUUUGUCGAGGAUUCCUCAACUUUUGGGGCCACUUCAAACUGUGUUUGCAGAGGAAAUUGAUGAAAUGAACAAAAGCAAGUGAUAAGAGACUCCGAGGCAAAAAAAUAAGAAUGUCAUUCUUGUUUUUAUUAGUAUUUACAAUAUGUAUAAACUGUUUCCUCUUCAGAAAAGUACAAAGCUAUUUGGAGAUGAAAAAUGCAUGUUUUCUCUUUAAUAAAAAAGUUAUUCUUAUAACU